UGUACCGGUCGGCUCAUCUGGAGUGUACCGCGUUGCGCGCUCAUUGUACACUGCCCCGCCCGCGCCAGAGACAAACAAACAGUUGCAAGUUCACUGUUGCGACAUAUCUGGUUGUGCUUAGGUGAUGGACUUUAGUUCCGUGUAAGUUCAGGUGUUUCGCGUGUGAUAUGCUUAUGAUGGACAGUAACGCCAUGGACUCUGCCAGUGAUCACAGUAGCCAUGCGUCUUCAGCUUCACCAGUGGUCGCUAUUAAACCGUCGCCUUCGCCGCCACACAACAAUAAUAACCUCAAUAUGUCGAAUAACCACAACCAAAUGCACAGUCCUAGACAGGCCAGUCCUUUAGGUCCUCCGAUGACUAUGGGACACAACCUAAGUCCGCCGCCUGUUUCUUCGGCUAGUUUGGCCAGAGGUAUGAGUCUUAGUCAGUUUCAUCCUCCAGGACUCGGACUUCUGAAUUCUCUGGGGGCCGUGUUGCACAAUCCUUUGGAUCUUAUGGCGGCUCAUCAUGGACCUCCGAGGUCCUACAACAGUCCUCCGCCGAUCUCAACAUCUGAUCCUACGGCGAAUGAGUGUAAAUUGGUAGAUUAUAGAGGUCAAAAGGUAGCUGCCUUCAUCAUAGCCGGUGAUACAAUGCUCUGCCUGCCCCAGGCCUUCGAACUGUUCCUCAAACACCUCGUUGGUGGUUUACACACUGUUUACACCAAGCUAAAGCGUUUGGACAUUGUACCCUUAGUUUGUAACGUCGAGCAGGUUAGGAUUCUCAGAGGUUUGGGAGCCAUACAGCCUGGAGUGAACAGAUGCAAGCUGUUGUCCUGCAAGGACUUCGACACGUUGUUCAAAGACUGCACCACGGCCAGUUCCAGGCCCGGCAGACCACCAAAGAGGGCUCCAGUUGGAUUAAGUCUGGCAGCUUCACAUCUCCAGCAUCAUCAGCUCAAAAAACAACGCCUAGACAACGGAGAUUACCCCUACGAGAACGGACACUUAACAGAUAUGGCAAGGAUGGAAAAGUCACCUCUUCUAGCCAAUGGCUACAACCAUCCUCCACAUCUGGGUCACAUGCAGUUCAUGCAGAUGCCACAUCCUGCAGCAGCACAUUCUGCCCUUUUAUCUCCUGCCAUGCCACACAAUCUAUCAAGACAUGACGGUUCAGUCAUAAAAAAUCAGGGUUUGACGUCUAUGGAAGCCAUCGCCAGGGCUGGAGUAUGGGAAAAUUGUAGAGCAGCAUACGAAGACAUCGUCAAACAUUUGGAAAGGCUGAGAGAAGAAAGAGGAGACCCAGAAAGGCCGAUGUGCAUGGACCAGAAACCCAGAGAUCUCAGUCCCAGAAAUGGCUCUCCUACAGACCACAGUCCUGUUCUCAAUCUUUCGAAAAGUGGUGGGGGAAGUGCAGGAUCAGUGGGUGAAGGUGAACAUUCAGGUAGCGAAGCUGAUGGUGCUGAUAUUCCUCCUUCGCCUAGAUCGCCCAGAUCAGCGGUUGAAGACGAUGAGGAUGACAACAUAUCGGAUCCCGAUGAUGAGGAUGAGAAAGAUCAAGAUAUGGAAGAAGGAGACGUUCCCAUGCCUGCCCCUCCAAGCACAGAAUCUCAUCACACAGCAUUGAAUUACUCUUCUCUGGCCAACGUAAUGGCCUCAGCCAACGGCCAGACGCCUGACUCCACAAUUUCAUCGACUGAAACUCUCCUCAGAAAUAUUCAAGGUUUGCUCAAAGUCGCAGCAGAUAACGCACGUCAACAAGAGAGACAGAUCAACUAUGAAAAAGCUGAACUGAAAAUGGAUCUGUUACGAGAACGAGAAAUGAAAGAAGGCUUGGAGAGACAACUCAACGACGAACAAAAAAAGAAAGAGGUAUACCUGAAACGGUUCCGUCGAGAACGUAGAAAUAGAAGACAACUAGAGGACCAGUUUGAUAUUGAGAAGAAAAGGAGGAUGCAACUGGAAGAUGCACUCAAAAAUGCUGGAGCUUCUGAAGAACUGAGGAGGAUCAAUGGUAAGGAUCACUACAACAACCUUGACAACAAAUCUUCAAUCCCGAAAGCGUCUUCGUCCUGUUCUUCGCAAAACCAAAGGUCAACUCCAAACGUCCUAGAGAGGGAGCAGAUGACGCAAGAGAGGAUGAAGCAGGAACCCAUUGAUACACCCCCAAUAUCGUAUCCUCAGCCCAUCAGGGAGCCACCACCUCCAACACAGUCCAUCGACACCAAACCUUGGUGCUACUCUGGAAUUGAUCUUAUCAACAAUGGCGCUGCGUUUUGGCAAAGCUAUUCAGAUUCUCUUGCUCAAGAGCUGGAAAUGGAGAGGAAAAGCCGACAACAGCAAAUGGACAGAGAAAAAUCACCUCUGCCUGAUAGAUCUUCGUAUUAUAAGAACUCAGUGCUCUUCACCAGUAGUGCAACGUAAAUAGUGAGUGUUCCAAGUUCAUUUGAGAUGGAAAACAUUCAAUUCGAAUUAACUGAUAUAAUAAGAGGCAUUUUGAACAAACUGGUGUUAUUGAUGAAGUUCUAGUGAUGUUAGUGAACAUUUCAAAGACUUUUUGUAUUAAUGAUACAUAAAUUAACAAAUUGAAACUGAGAAAUGUCAAUUUCAUGUAAGUCUAAUGAGUUUUAGUUUGUAGAGAAUUGAACGUUGAAUCGGAAUCAUAACCAAUAAAGUUGGCUUCUGUUUGAAAUAAUUGCAGUGAAUAUGGAAAUUGCGAAUAUGGAAAAGGCAGUAGGUGAUAAUUCGUCAAAACCAAUAAUACACAAGAAAUAAAUCAUUCAUGACCUAUCAAAUACGUUUUUGUGAAAUCACAAGCAAUUUUCUUAGGAGUACGAUGAUUUUCACUAAUUUUGCAUUCAUAAUAUUGGUGACGUAAAAAUGCAACCAUAUGAAUUAAUUUUUAACAUCUGAAACAGAAGUGAGCAAUCCAUGAUUCAACUUAUUUGAUCUCUCAUUUGAUUAUCGAUAAUUAUAUUGUGUUCAUCCAUAUAAUGACUACAAAACUAUAUAGAUAUAGGGAAUGAAAAAAAAAAUUUUAUUGAAAAUAUAGAAAACUUGAUUGUAGCAAAAUUACUUGACGGAGGAAUAUUGUUAAUUAUAAUUUUUCUUCCCAAUUUAUCUUUCGAAUAUAACUCUUCAAGAUCAGCAUUUUGGAUUGUUUCGAAGUGAGCAACAUUAAAAGAUUGAUUGGAGUCUCUAAUGGCUAGAAUUGUGAACCAUCACAAUCUCAAUUCAAGUUUCUAAAAAGUUUUCAAAUUUCUUUCAUUAAUUAUUCAAAAUUAUUUUUUGAUAGUACUGAAUCAUCGAGAUAACUUUUUGUCUUUAGAGUAUACCUAUAUCCAAUUUGUAAUUGCAAGAGAUUGAAAUUAAAAUAAAAAUUUGAAUAAAUUCGGCAUUUCGCAAACUAGAGAUUAGAUUCGAUCUAACUCUCGUACUAAAUUUGAGCGUUAAAGAUCUUUUCAACAGCCAAUAUCUGUAAAUAAAGACGAAUUUGCGAUUAGAACAAACGCCUUGUAUAUAGUGUAAACAGUUUUUAUAAACGAACGAUAUUUAUUCAGGAUCAAUAUAACUAUCAAACUUACGCAAAAACCAUUCAGAUAUCACACAUUUUGUAAUAUGAAUUUGAGUAUACUAUAAUAUUUAGGUAGAUCAAUUAAAUGAUAAAAAUACAGAAAUGUAAAUAUUAAAGCUGGGAUUAUGUAAAGGUGAUUAAGAUUGAUAUCUGCGUCACGAGUUUCUAUGUUCGGUUCUAACUCCCGUAUUUCACAUAAUAUUCAUCAGUAUAUAAACAUCGAAACCAUUGAUUUAUUUCACCAUUAACGUGAAAAAAACACAAUCUGAACGAUGAUAUCGAUCUUGGACGCCUAUUUUUUCCCCAUUUUGUAGAAGAAUAGAGGAAUAUUUAUCAGUGUACUAUUGGACAAUUUUCCAAAUAUACCCAAAAUAAAAGAAAACACAAUAUUUUCAACAGAAAAUACAAAUAUGAUGUUCAUCCUAUUGUUUCUGACAAAAUCCAUUUGACAUGAACUAAAUGUUGAAAAUCUUCAGUAUACGUCUACUGACAAUCAAGGAAUAUUUGGGUCUACCCUCUUUCUACCGUUUGAGGUAUAUAUAAUAUAUUGUAAUGUAUAAACACUCUAUACGUGCACUUUCAUUUGUUUGAUAGCUCUUAUUCCCAGCUUAAGUCAGUGAAAUACUUAAUAAAUAAUAAAUAUUAGGUUAAGAUGCAUUGUAUGACUGUAUUUAUUGUAAAUAUUUAUGUGUGUGUGCCUUGUAGCUGAAUAAAAGUUGAAAAGGU